AUGGUGAGUUGUUCCUCCCGGGUCUGGGAAUCGGCCUCCAUCCUCGGUCUUUGGGCCUCCCCGCGUUCUUUCUGUGGGUCGCCGGCAAAGCUCCUGGUUCAGGGGAGCGGGUGGACGAAGGGGACGUCAUCGUUCGGGAAGCGUCGCAACAAGACGCACACGCUGUGCCGCCGCUGCGGCUCCAAGGCCUACCACCUGCAGAAGUCCACCUGCGGCAAGUGUGGCUACCCCGCCAAGCGCAAGAGAAAGUACAACUGGAGCGCCAAGGCCAAGAGGAGGAAUACCACCGGGACCGGUCGCAUGAGGCACCUGAAAAUUGUGUACCGCAGAUUCAGACAUGGAUUCCGUGAGGGAACAACGCCUAAACCUAAGAGAGCAGCUGUUGCAGCAUCCAGUUCAUCUUAAGGAAUUCAACAACUAGUCUUGUGAAUAAAUGUCCUGGUUUUAAAAAAU